AUGGAUCAAUUAUUACAUUUAUUUAAUCAUCAAUAUUUAGAUUCUUCUUCAAUUAAAUUAUCAUUACGACGGAAACGGAAAUUGACCAUUUUUGGUCUUUUCUUAUUUUCAUUAAUAUCUUUAAUGAUAAUAAUAACUUAUUCUAAUAAUAAUAUCUUACCAGGAUUAUCAAAUUCUGAUUAUUAUUCUUCUUCUUCAACUUCAAGUUCAAGUUCAACUUCAAAAGAAGAAAAUAAAUUUCAAGAAAAAAUUCAUCAACAUCAAACUACUAAACCAGGUAAAAGAACAAUUAUUUUCCCUAAUAAUUUUAAUCAUCAUAAUCAUAAUGGUGGUGAUCGUAAUUUAGUUGAAUAUUAUGUUAAAAAUAUGGAACAAGCUUUAGAUCCAGAAGAUUUAAUUUAUCGUAAUCGAUUCACUUAUAAAUUACCAACAAUUCCUUAUAAUGAACAAACCAUUGAAAUGUUUAAUGAUGGAGGUGAUAAUAGUAAUAUUGAUACUUGUCCUAAAAUGUCAACAACAAUUAAAAUUGAAUCAUCAUCAGUAAUUAAUAAAAAUGGUGAUUUAAAAAAAAUUUUGAAAACUUUUUUACAAGAAGAUAGUUUUUAUUAUAAAGAAUUAUCACCAUUUUUCCCUGAUUUAAAAAAACAUUUUGAUGAAGAUACUAUUAAUAAACAUUGGUAUCAAUUUAUUGGAUCAACUGUAUGGUUAGAACAAUAUGGUGUUCAUUUAAUGGUAUCAAGAAUUAUUUAUACUGAAAAAGAUCAAGGACUGCCAAAAUUUUCUUUAGCUUAUUUACAAAUUUUUGAUAAAAAUUGGCAAGAAAUGGAUAAUGUUGAAUUAAUUGUUCCUAAUCCUUCUAAAAAAAUUAAUUCCAUUAAUUCCAUUGAAAAAAAUGGGGGACAUUAUGAUUAUGGUUAUAAAUCUGUUUUAUAUCCUACUAUUGCUCAUAUACCAGUUUAUCAUAAUUCUAAACAAAUUGGGGGGAGAUUUUAUGGAAUUGAAGAUCCAAGAAUUGUAUUAAUUAAAACAUCAUUUGGUUAUGAAGAACCAGUAUUAAUUUAUAAUUCUUAUCAUAGAAAAAUUCUGGAAAAAAUUUUUAAUAAUGAUCAAGAAGGUAAAAUAAAUUUUAAUAAUUAUCGUUCAUUAUUUAUUGGAUGGUUAUGGAAAACUCAAUUAGGUAAAAAACAUGUUGAAGAAUUACCAAAUAAUGAAUUUAAAAAAAAUGAAUAUAUUAAAAUUAAAGAAUUUAUUAAACCAAAUAAUCAUCGAAGUAAUACUGAAAAAAAUUGGGCAUUUUUUAUAAAUUAUCAAGAAAGAUUAAAAAAUGGAUUUGAUUCUUAUGUUUAUUUUGCUAAUCAAUUGAAAAAUUUAAAAAUUUUAAAAUGUCCCAUUAUAAAUGAUGAGGAUAAUGAUAAUGAUGAGGAUACAUGUGAAUGGGAAUAUCAAUUAGAUGAUUAUGAAGGAGCAGGAGUAUUACAUGGUGGAACAGAAUUAAUUAAUAUUAAUCAACUUUUAAAUCAAUAUAAUUAUCAAGAAUUAAAUUCUAUAAAAGAUUUAAUUCCUAAUGAUAGACAAUUUUGGGUAGGAUUUGCUCGUGCAAGUAUUAAAGAUUGUGGUUGUGGUUCAAGAAUGUAUCGACCAAAUUUAUUAGUAUUAAUGAAAGAUGGUAAUACUAACAGUAACACUAACAGUAACUCUAAUUAUAAAAUUGCUUAUAUAUCUUCAUUUGUUGAUUUAGGAAUUGAAGUUUUACCUUGGGAUUUAAAUAAAGGAUUAUGUGAACAUUAUAAUUUAAUUAUACCUAAUGGAAUUUCUUCUUGGACAAUUGAAAAAGAUUCUAAAAUUAAAAAUAAAAAUAAAAAUAAAAAUAAUCAAAUAAUGGAUUAUAUGGCUUUUACAAUAUCUAGACGUGAUGCUACUGUUGAUAUUGUUUAUAUUAAAGGAUUAUUAAAAGCAUUAUUUUCUGGUGAAUCUGGUAAACAUUUAUUAGCAAUUGAACAAUCAGGUUUUAAACUGGUAAAUAAUAUUGAUUGUGCUUUAAAAAAUUCCGAAAAAUUUUGUAAAAUUUAUGGUGAAAAAUUUAAAAUUGAUCAACAACAACAACAACAAGAACAAGAAAAAGAAAAUAACCAACAACAACAACAACAAUAA